AUGGCCGCCGAACGCCCCGACAAGAAGGAGAAGAAGGACAAGAAGGAGAAGCGCGCGAGCGAGGAGUCGGGCGUGAAGAAGGAUAAGAAGGAUAAGAAGGACAAGAAGGACAAGAAGGAGAAGCUCGCCGCGGCGCUCGAGGACAAGAUCCAGCAGGACGCGGCCAAGCAGACCAAGGAGGACAAGAAGGCCAAGAAGGCCGCCGCGGCCGCUGCUGCCGCUGCGGACGACUCGGACUCGGACAUGGAGGACAGCGACAAGGCUGCGGAGCUGCCCCUCGAGCGCACGGUGGUGUCCUUUGCCGUGCCCGUCGCGGACGAGAAGGGCAUGAAGAAGGUGUACAAGACGAUUCGCAAGUCCGCCAAGAACGGCACCCUCAAGCGCGGCGUCAAGGAGGUCGUCAAGACGCUCCGCAAGUCCCCCGCCGGCGGGCCCUCCAACAAGACCACCGCCUUCCCCGGCAUCGUCGUCAUCGCCGGCGACAUCUCCCCGGCCGACGUCAUCUCGCACAUCCCCGUGCUGUGCGAGGACCACGACGUGCCCUUCAUCUUCGUCACCUCGCGCGCCGAGCUCGGCGCCGCCGCCCGCACGAAGCGCCCGACCUCGGUGGUCAUGAUCAUGGCGAAGCAGCAGGACAAGAAGAAGAAGGCUGCCGAGAAGGACGGGGAGGAGGAGGAGGACGGGGAGGAGUUUGCGGAGGCGUACGCGGCGCUGGCAAAGUACGUGCAGAAGGAGUACCAGAAGCAAAGUUUCUGGGCCAAGGGCGAGUCCAAGGCGUGA